CCAUGAGUCAACAGCAGGUGGCAGCACCGCUUCCUGCAGCUACCGGAAGUGCAGAAGAAGAAGUGUUUCCGGGUGCAGGUGGAUGUUUUGGAUACGAUCAAUAAGGUCGAUCAUCAUUUCUCUUUGAGUGGGUCGGCUCGGUUCGGUUCGGUUCCUUCGUCUCUCUGAUGGCUUCCAGGCGGCCCGACAGCUUCGAUGGGUUCGGUUACCGCGGCCGUGACGACCCGCUGAGCGGCUCCGGAUACCCGGUCCGUCCCGGAGCCCCCUGCGACCCGCAGCAGCACCACUGGGUCACCACCCCGCCGGACAUCCCGGGCAGCCGGAACCUGCACCCCGGAGACCGGACACCGCUGUACGACGAGCCGCUGUCCGAGCAGGGAGGCUCCGGGCCCGGCUGGGAGGCUCCAGAGCGGCCCGUGGUCCCGCCCGGAGAGCAGCUGAACCGGUUCGCUGGCUUUGGGAUCGGACUGGUCAG